CGCAAGAUGCCGGAGUGCUGGGAUGGGGAGCACGACAUUGAGACGCCUUACGGCCUUCUGCAUGUGGUAAUCCGUGGCUCCCCCAAGGGAAACCGCCCUGCCAUCCUCACCUACCAUGACGUGGGCCUCAACCACAAGCUGUGCUUCAACACCCUGUUCAACUUUGAGGACAUGCAGGAGAUCACCAAGCACUUUGUGGUGUGUCACGUCGACGCCCCUGGGCAGCAGGUGGGGGCGUCGCAGUUUCCUCAGGGGUACCAGUUCCCCUCCAUGGAGCAGCUGGCCGCCAUGCUUCCCAGCGUGGUGCAGCAUUUUGGGUUCAAGUACGUGAUCGGCAUCGGAGUGGGAGCCGGAGCCUAUGUGCUGGCCAAGUUUGCACUUAUCUUCCCUGACCUGGUCGAGGGGCUGGUGCUGAUGAACAUUGACCCCAACGGCAAAGGCUGGAUCGACUGGGCUGCCACCAAGCUCUCCGGUCUGACCAGCACUUUACCUGACACGGUGCUAUCCCACCUCUUCAGCCAGGAGGAGCUGGUAAACAACACAGAAUUGGUGCAGAGCUACCGGCAGCAGAUUGCGAACGUGGUGAAUCAGGCCAACCUGCAACUCUUCUGGAACAUGUACAACAGCCGCAGAGACCUGGACAUUAACCGACCUGGGACCGUGCCCAAUGCCAAGACGCUCCGCUGCCCCGUGAUGCUGGUCGUCGGGGAUAGUGCACCUGCUGAGGAUGGGGUGGUUGAGUGCAACUCUAAACUGGACCCAACCACCACCACUUUCCUAAAGAUGGCAGACUCCGGGGGGCUCCCCCAGGUCACACAGCCUGGGAAGCUGACAGAAGCCUUCAAAUACUUCCUGCAAGGCAUGGGCUAUAUUGCAUACUUGAAGGACCGAAGGCUGAGUGGAGGAGCAGUGCCCUCAGCCAGCAUGACCCGCCUGGCUCGAUCUCGCACCGCCUCCCUCACCAGCGCCAGCUCAGCGGAUGGCAGCCGCCCACAGCCCUGCACCCACUCGGAGAGCAGCGAGGGGCUGGGCCAGGUCAACCACACCAUGGAAGUGUCCUGUUGA